AUGAGUGGUUCGCCGAGCAUGCCGGAUAUCCCCAAUCGCGGCUUCAAUGGAAAGUUGCUUCACAGCAGCCAGCUCAAGGAGAAGAUUGUGUCUGAGAUCAUCGAUACCAAAGCCUCCGUCCUGGUCCUCGGCGCUGGCAAGUCGGGAUGUGAUAUGAUACAAGCUUUCCAAAUCGCAGGUUACGAGAAUGUGAAUUGGCUCUGCCGCGAAACCUACUGGUUCUGGCGGCAUGCUGCAAUGUUCCACGAUAGGUCCAUCCUGGGCAUGCUGAGAGCCGUCUGCUGCCUCUUGUUUGUUUUUUGUGCACUUUUCUCCCCGAGCUUCUGCAUGUUCGGACUCUGGCUGAUCGGGUAUAUCAUUUUGCCUGGAUCUCCCGGGUGGCCGAAGCACUUCAAUGGCGCGAAGUUUCACUUCGGCGUUUUGUGUGAUCGUCAACUUUCCUUCAUCAAGAAGGUACAGCCAGUCAUGGGUGAUCCAGACCAUUUCUGCAAGAACGGAGUGGUCUUGAAGAGUGGUGAGACGGUCGAUUGUGAUGUGAUCGUUUGUGCCACGGGGUAUGAUACCGGCUUUGCCGCCCUCCAGUGCUACAAGGAUGGCAAGGCCAUCAGUGUGAAGGAUUGCCCAUUGUACGAACAUGCGAUCGUGCCAUGCUUCCCAUGCCUGAUCAGCGCGACCACGGCAUUCUACCACUUACGGCCCAAUCCGGGGGGUCACCUUGGCGGAAUACGUUGUGUAUUGUCUGAAGAGGGGACCGCUCAGAGAAGAGAUAAUGCAACAAGCGGCAAGCGCCAACCUCUGCAAGCAAACAUCCACGACAUGCAUUAUUUUUACCAGUGCGACAAUCUUGGUCCGGCAGUGGCUCCUCCUUUUCAUCGACUUGUGGCGAGCCGGUGUGAUAUCAUUGUCCGCCUUCCUUGA